GGGGGGAAACACACCAAGACCAGCGAGUUGGUAUAAAUCUGCCACGGAAAACCACUCCCAGCUAUGUAGGGCUUCCCUCAAACAGGACAGACUCGAAAACAAGCCAAAAUGCCUCCGGCUGCAGCGUCGCCGCCCGCCCCCAAGCGGAUCAUUCUCUGUUUCGACGGAACAUGGCAGUCGUCCGUGUCGGGACAGGAAAACUCCCCCUCCAACAUCACGCGACUCUGUCGGGCCAUCAAGCCGGUCGCCAACAUCGAUGGGCAGGACUGGCAGCAGAUCGUCUGGUACGAUUCCGGGGUGGGAACCACCUCGCUGGCCGUCAGCAAGCUGCUGGAAGGCGCCGUCGGCAAUGGGCUGGACGGGAACAUUGUCGAGGCGUACAACUUUGUCUCCUUGAAUUGGAACCGUGGCGACAAGAUUCUGUGCUUUGGCUUCUCGCGCGGCGCCUACACGGCGCGCGCGAUCGCCGGCCUCAUCGCCGAUGCCGGAAUCUGCCGGCGGCGCGACCUGCAUCGAUUCCCCGACCUGUGGAAGCUCUACAGCAAUCCCAAGCGCGAGGGGCCGUUCUACAACAGCGACGACUACUUUCAAUUUGUGAAUGGGGUCGCCUCCGAGAAGCACCGCGAUCAUCCCACCCGCGGCGACGGGCUGGCCUGGGACAUCCCGGGCCACAGUAACUGGGCCCAGCCGGACUCCCGGCAGGUCGAGGUCGUCGCCGUCUACGAUACCGUCCAAGCGCUGGGGAUGCCCGAGGUGGCCGGGAUCCAGUUGCCUUCGCUGCCCAAGAUGGCGCAAUGGAAGGGGCACAACGUGACCUUGUCGCGACACAUCAAGCAUGCCUUUCAGGCCCUCGCCCUCGACGAAUACCGCAAAGCCUUCUAUCCCGAGGUCUGGUGCUUGCCCUCGGGCGACCCGGAUGCGUCCCAGCCCGAGGUUCGCGCGGAGCUGGAGAGCGAGGCCGAACGGAAGAGGAAGAUUCUGAAUGCGGCCGGCACCAAACAAAGGGGAUUGAUCGACAAGGCCAAGAAAUACGGGCAGAAAAACCCGACGGACUAUGCGACGCUGGACCAGAUGGCCAAGCAGAUCAACGUGGCCAGCAAAGAGUUAGGCAAAGCCCGCCAGGACUACGUGGUCACCGAGGAUCACCUCAAAAAGGAGGUUCCCAAGCUCACGCAGGUGUGGUUCCCCGGCUAUCAUAUCAAUGUCGGCGGCGGGUCGAGCGAUACCCUGAAAAACGAGGGCGAUCUGGAAGAAAUGUCGAACAUUGUAUUCGCAUGGAUGCUGGAUCGGAUUAAGCCCUUCGUGGGCAUUGACGAACCGACCAUCAAGGAUCAUUACAAGCACCGACAAGAACGAAUCGCCGCGUUGAACACGGCGCUGGCCAAGGAGAAUGCGCCGCCCGGCGAGCAAGAGAGCUGGGGGGAGUAUCUCGGCCGGGGGGCGAAAUGGGUGGCAUCAACCGUUCUGCAUCCCUUCACCCCCGCGCCAACCGUGACCCAACGCGAAUAUACCUGGGGCCUUUCGGACAUGCCGGAUAGUUUCAUCGCGGUGUACUACCCCAAUGGGAAGAAGAAGCGCGCCCCGAAUGUGAAUUUCGAGAAAGAACAUCGCGGUGUGAAGGAGGUCGUUGGUCCAACCUGUGCCCAGAUCCAUCCGGUGGUGAACUACCGAGUGCAACACAAGGCCGGUUAUCGGCCGAUCGGACUGUUGCCAGAGCAAUACCACCGCCGUGCAGAGGGCGAGAACUUUGUCUACACUCUCAAUGGGAAGGAGUUGCCAGAGUGGCGCUUGGGAGGAAAAGGUUCUUAUGAAUGGCUGGCUCUGCGACAGCACCAGCACGCCAUCGAGUACAUGGCUGAACAGGGUCAUGCAGAUGCCAUCAAGUAUGUGGCUGAACUGAAAGAUAAGCCGGCAGCGAAGGUAGACGGUGCUUAAAAAAGAUGAAGGGAGCAAAAAGAGAAGAAGAAGUAGGAGGAAGAGAAGAAGUAGGAGGAAGAGAGAUUUCGAGAUCUUCCCCACGCUCGAAGGAGCAACUGGCGGCCGAAGCUGGGAGGCCGCGUCUAGCCGGGAGGCCCUGCAAGUUCGGCCUUAGGAUGAUGGUGUUCAUAUCGCGUGUAUCCAUGCGUUUCUUGUCUAUAAUUGCGGAUAUCCGGAGUCAUUUGGAGCACAUGAAGGAAUUCUAUUUUUUUCUUUUUUCUUUUUAUUUUUAUUUUUUUUUGUCAUGUUAUACUCCGUAGCAUAACCGGGUUGUCAUCCAGUCCAGGCUGCUGGGAUUGCGAUCCGCGACGCUAAGGGGGGAAUAGGCGGUGG